AUGUAUCCUACACUCUACUUUAAUCCAAACUACACCCGACGCCUCCAUCCCCGGGGCUAUGGCUUUCGCGGGUUCGGACGGUUCGCAAAGGUCGCCGUGGUCGGAACUUGCGUCUACCUUAUCUCCGAGAAACUGUUCCAAAAUCAAAGACAACGCCGCUCCCAAAAUCCGCACUCGGAGGCCGCUUGA